ACUUGUUAUUACAUUGAUGUUGAAAAGAAAUGAUGAUUUAAAGUUUAAAAGCAAUGUAAUAACAAGUCAGUUAUAGUGCUUUUUCGUUUGGAUUUCAUUCUGUGACUGCUUUAAAACUUUGAAUCAUCAUUUCUGUUCAAAGUCAAUGUAGAAACGACUUAAAUUAGGCAGCUAUGCUUGUUUACAUCGCUGUUUGCAACAACAAAAAUUACAAUAAACGCCUGAGACCUUUAACUUUAUCUAAAGGACCAAAAAUGAUUGAAUUCUGCCUGUUUUCUAUUGUGAAUUAAAGAGAGCUGUGAGUUUUGUAAUUUAAAACUUUUUAUUAUAAUUAUUUAAAGUUUACAUGCUAAUAACAAGUCAGUUAUAUUGCUUAUUUGUUUGGAUUUCAUUCUGUGACUGCUUUAAAACUUAUCAUUAUUGUAAAUGUUUUGACAUUUUUCAGAUGGAGGUUACAUGUGUUUUUUGCUUGAUUAAACUUAAGCACAUCAGCCAGCACCUUAAGUACAAGCACAAAAUAGUUAACAUUAUUGAGCGUAAGCUAAUAAUAAAUAUGAUACGGGGCAAGGUCCGCAUUGACAACAUGCCUUGCCCUGUGUGCAAAAAACAUGUGCGCCAUGUAGAGGUGCACCUGAGGGUGGUGCACAAAGACCUAAAGGUAAGUGACCUGACCGAUAGGCUUUUGUGAGAUGUUAUGAGUAAAAGCGUCAUUAGGUCAUAACAAAUUUCAACAAUUGUUUCAGGAAAAGCACAGGGUCCAGAUGCUCAAGGGCCUGAGGCAGCAGGCUACAAGAGCUAGGCUUCAGGCCCUGUCAGCCACAAACCCCACCGUGCCUCUGGCGACACAGUGGGGUGCGACGGGCCUGGAGCCGGCAGACCAGCCCGCAGACCAGCCCGCAGACCAGUCCGCAGACCAGCCCGCAGACCAGCCCGCAGACCAGCCCGCAGACCAGCCCGCAGACCAGCCCGCAGACCAGCCCCCAGACCAGCCCGCAGACCAGCCCGCAGACCAGCCCCCAGACCAGCCCGCAGACCAGCCCGCAGACCAAGUUCCAAGGGAGGAGGUAGUGCACGAAGUCCCCACAGCCCCAGAGGAGCAGCUGGUAGCUUACCCUCCUACAGACAUUUUGGCCGAAGCGCUCCACGAGGCCAUGCAUGUCGUGCACGAAGUCCCCACAGCCCCAGAGGAGCAGCUGGUAGCUUACCCUCCUACAGACAUUUUGGCCGAAGCGCUCCACGAGGCCCUGCAUGUCGUGUACGAACUCCCCACAGCCCCAGAGGAGGAUCUGGUCGCCCCGGACUGGGAGCUGGCUACCCCGGACUGGGAGCUGGUCGGCCAUGAGGAGGAGGUGGUGGCCACGCCCUCCGUGCUUUUUUAUGACCUCACAGAUGAAGAGCUCCACGUGGACCUGCAUGUUGUGCACAAAGUCCCUGGAGCAAUGGAGGAGGUGCUGGCCGCCUCGGACUGGGAGCUGUGUGCGCCGGAGUGGGAGCUGGUCAUGCACGAGGAGGAGGUGGUUAACUCUCGGCCAAGCACGCCUUGACAAGUUUUUUUUUUUUUUUUUUUAAAGUUUGAUUUGUAAAUUAUUUUGGUUUGAUCAUUUUGGAUAUUGUACAGUUUUUUAAGGUUUUGCGUGUUUGUUUUGAUUUGUUUGAAUUUUUAUACGUUUUUGCAUGUUUGUUUUGAAGUGUUGUGUGCUUUUUAUAAGGAGUUUUGUUAUUUAUUUUUAUAGUAUGUUUUUCUUAGUGUGUUUAAUAUUUAACUUUUUUUAAUAAAUAACUUUUCCAGAAUCUCUACUUCUCAUUUAUUCAAAGCUGACCAAAUAAUUGCAGGGCAGCACCACACAUUCACCAGGCUCCAUGUUCACUCCACUGAUCUGUCGAGUAUCC